UCAGGUUUUCUUCCCGUCCGCGAUUCAUUUCAACGCUGCUCUAAAUUAAACUAAACCGGGCUUCACUUGAGCGUCUCUAGCUGUGGCACUGCCCCGCUGUAUGACCGUCGUAACGCUAACCCUAACCCUAACGCUGGUGUUCGGCUCGGCAGGGAAAAGCAACGUGAAGUGACGGCGGCUGCGUGAUAAGAGGUGCUUAGAUUUGAACCGGGGAGAUGUCUGGAUCUAAAUGUACACGGCUGAGCGGGCCGCUUGUGAAACAGCUGCUGGACUCUGUGGACAGCAUCCUGUUUGACUGCGAUGGGGUCAUCUGGAGGGGGGAUCAGGCCAUCCCAGGAGCAUCGCAAGUCAUAAACCUGCUCAAGGAGAAAGGCAAGAAAGUGUUCUUCGUGACCAACAACAGCACCAAGACGAGGAAGAUGUACGCCGAUAAAAUGACCACGUUGGGGUUCAACGUGAAGGAAGAUGAGGUGUUCGGGACGGCGUACUGCUCCGCCGUGUACCUGAAGACGGUCUGCAAACUGGAGGGCAAAGUGUACCUGAUCGGGGGCAACGCACUGAAGCAGGAGCUGGAGGCGGUGGGUAUACAGCAGACAGGGGUGGGACCUGACCUCAUCACCGGGAAGCAGAUCGACUGGGCCAACGUGCCUCUGGACCCCGAGGUGAAGGCGGUGUUGGUCGGCUUUGAUGAACAUUUCAGUUACAUGAAGCUGAACAGAGCCCUGCAGUAUCUGACCCAGCCAGACUGCCUGUUUGUGGGCACCAACACGGACACCAGGCUGCCUCUGGAGGGAGGCAAGGCCGUCCCAGGUACGGGCUGCCUGCUGAAGGCGGUGGAGACAGCGGCCCAGCGCCAGGCCCACACGGUAGGCAAACCCAACAACUACAUGUUCGACUGCGUGGCCUCCCAGUUCGGCAUCGAACGUGAGCGUUGCCUGAUGGUGGGAGAUCGUCUCGACACGGACAUCAAGCUGGGCUCCAACUGCGGCCUGAAGACCCUCCUGACCCUCACAGGGGUCAGCACCAUGGCGGACGCUGACGCCCAUCAGAAGAGCGGCUGUGUGGAGAAGCAGGGGAUGGUGCCGGAUUACUACGUGGAGAGCAUCGCGGACCUCCUUCCAGCUCUGCAGGGAUGAGACUGCUGGUCUGUCAGUGAAGCUACAUUAUAGCUUAGCUACUGUAAACCGGAGGAGUUUGGCUUGUCUGUCACAUGCCAGGGUCCAUUAUCUUCUCAAAGGGAGGAUAAAGAUUGAUACAAAGAAAGUCAUGUCUAUAACAAAGUCACACAAGCUGCUGUGUGACAGAGGAGACAAAGACACUAUCCAGGUUUUAACAUCACUGUUAUCUUUUACUGAAUUCUUAUUAUUAAUAUAUUAUAAAGAACUAUUUUCAACAAAAUGAUUGGUUAUUAAGUAUGUAAGAACAAUAAUUUCCAGUAUUGUUUAAGUACUGUAUAUGUUAAGUGUUACCAGAUCUACAUUUUUUUUGGUUAAUGAGAGAAGUUAGUGUAUGCUGUCUGUGAUGCAAUCUCCCCUUAAGCAAUUAAACGUCAAACUCAAGGAGGGAAGUGAGCACACGCAUGCACACACACACACACACACACACACACACACACACACACACACACAGACACACACACACACACACACACACACACACACACAGUCAACAGUUUGGUAACGUCUCUGUGUGUUGAAGUUAACACAUCUGUUUCGAAAUAUAUUGAAUAAAUAACAGACAGGGAAUAGAGCUACGUUGCACUGAACUGAUCUGACAAGUUUAUCUUAAAACAAACGUCAGAUGGAAGUUCUAAGGUUCCACAUCUCACAUGUGUAUGUUUGACCAGGAUUGGCUCCAAACUAUAAUAGUAGUGAUGUCACAAAUCAUGCUCAUAGGCCCAGCCCAUAUCAUAUUUUUAAUAGGCUCUGAGAAAUAUUCCACUUUCAGCAGACAUAUAUGAAAACGGCCUUGUAGUAUUUCACUCUGCACAGUGAAGCUCAAACAUCCAACUGAAGAACAAGAAGAUAAAAAUUUAAAAAAGGAUCUUCUAAUGGUCAGCAUAAACUGGAGGAAUGAUUACAGCUAAGAUAAGAUAUAAUUAUAUAUAAGAUAAACCUGUUCAUUGGGCACCUGACUGUUGUUUUAAGAUGAAUGAUGAAUGAAUAAUUUAUCCUAUAAGCUUUAUGUGUUUUUCGUGGGAUAGUGCAAUGAUAUCCAGAAUGACAAAAUCAUGUUUUAAAGUGAAUCCAAUCGUCCUUGUACCAUCCACUUCUCCUGACUUGUUCUAAGGACUAGUAACCCUUCCUGUUCCGAGAAACACUGAAAGCGAUGAUCAAAUUAUAAUAAAACAUAAAUGAUCUUCACCAAAUCAA